UUUUGAUAUGGAUUUAAAUUGGACCCGAAGAGUGGUCGGGUCAAUUCCCAAUUAGGGGACGUCAUGUAACCAUUGGAAGGGAAAAGCUGAAUGUAUAAGCACAUAAUAACAACAUUUUAGUGUCACUUUCUUAUAUUGCCCUUUCAAAGAUAAGGAUAUUCUCCUCUAUUAUUCCCCCUCGUGUUUCUAUCACAUUCCAAUUUUUUAUAUAAUUAAAUUAUCAACUUUAUGAAUAAAACAAAUUCCUAAUAAUCAUAAAACUUACUAUAAUUCAAUAAAAAUUAUUUUAUUUUCAUAUCGGUGCAUCGAGUUAUUAGGUCAUGUUUCCUUGUGCCACCUCCUAUUCUGACCUCACUCUCAUCGAAACACUGCUGUAAAUUUCCACCGCCAUGUAUAUCACAAGCCUGCUAUAUACCAGAAAAUCACCCCAGAAACCCUUCAAGAAACUACACGAGUUGACUAGCUAGUCAUUUUCAUCAUUCAUCCCCCAACUCUGUAUAGAAACCUCCCAUCAAGCUUGUGUGUGUUCAUACACAGAGAUGGGUAGCUUGGAGGAGGAAAGGCUGGUUCAGAUGGUGCAUGACUUCAUAGAACCAGAAUCAUCACCACCCAUUUCAUCAAAGUGCCGUCGUCGUCAUCAAGCCAAGUACUUUGCUUUGCAGGAAAUACUUGGAAAAAUGACUAAAGCUGAAGCUAAGGUCGUUGAGAGUGUGUUGAAGCAUAUGAGAAGCAAAAAGGCACCUGGAAAAACAAGUAACUUCAAGAAGUGGCUUGUCAUGAGCCUCAAAAUUGAUGGCUUUAACGCUUCUAUUUGUCAAACUUCUUGGGUCAGAUCCUUGGGAUGCCCUGCUGGUGACUAUGAGUACAUUGAGAUAAUUACAUUUGAAGAAGAGAAUGGGAAGACAAAGAGGCUAAUAGUGGACAUAGAGUUCAGGUCUCAAUUUGAGCUGGCAAGGCCAACACCAUUUUACAAAGAACUCACAGAAACACUUCCAUCAAUUUUUGUUGGCAGUGAAGAGAAGCUCAACGAGACCAUUUCUUUACUUUGCUCAGCUUCUAAACAGUCUCUGAGAGAGGUCGGUCUUUAUGUGCCUCCAUGGAGGACCACCACUUACAUGAAAUCCAAAUGGCUCAAAGUCGCUGCCAAUAAUAAUAAUAAUAAUAAUAAUAAUAAUAAUAAUAAUAAUAAUAAUUGUGUUGGUAAUAGUCAAGAAAAUACGGAAGCUAACAGUGGUUCUCAUGGUUUUAGCAUGUGGUCACCUCCAAUGGUUAAGCCAAAGAGAAGGGUGAGCAGUGGAUUGUCUAGCCAGUUUUCUAACAUGAGCAUAAAUUGUUGUUGAACAUUUUGCUCUCUUCUACUUUCUCCAAUUUUGGUUUUUCUUUCUUUAUCCGGAAAAUAUUAGCUAGGGUUUUAUAAUUUCCUUUUCGUACUUGAGUUUUAGAUCUUUUUGUACUAAGCUGAUGGGGAACUUACUAAAUAAUAUUUUGACUUGAC